AUGGAUUCCGACGGUGAGCGGCGACUUAAGCUGUUCUCGAUAAAAAUCCUGAUUUGUGGGCUCAAAAAUCUGCUUGCCAGGGACAAAAAUACUCUAGACGCCAAGGCAGUUAAGUACAACGACCUCUUUAGGGCUGCCGCUCGGCCUGCUUGCCGCUUUUCGGUUGUCCGCCGGCGGAUCGUUCCCGAAGGAUCGACGCCGGUACCGGUAUUCGGAGGAUUAAGUGCGACCCGGAAGCUGGUACGCCGCCCCCCUUUACAGGGCUUUGAAUGCAAGUCAUUGAAAGGCGACUAUCUGGAGUUCCCAGUCAAGUCUAGUGGCGGCUUUUAUGUUCCCCGGUGA